AUGACCGAGACGACAAAGAAGAUCCUGCCGGUGGAGGGUGAGCGCAAUGUACUCAUUACUAGUGCGCUGCCGUACGUGAACAAUGUUCCACAUCUGGGCAACAUUGUUGGCUCUGUCCUCUCCGCCGACGUCUUUGCACGCUUCUCACGCGCUCGGGGUUACAACACUCUCUACGUCUGCGGUACUGACGAGUACGGCACUGCGACCGAGACCAAGGCCAUAGAAGAGAAGGUUACACCAAAAGAGCUUUGCGACAAGUACUAUGCGCUACAUUCUGAGGUCUACAAAUGGUUCAACAUUUCCUUCGACCACUUUGGCAGGACUCCGACUCAGCAACAAACGGACAUUGCGCAAGACAUCUUCACCAAACUGUACAAGAACGGCUACUUGGAAGAGCAAGUCACCACCCAGCCAUAUUGCGAGACACACAAGAGCUUCCUGGCAGAUCGCUUCGUCGAAGGCACAUGCCCGCUGUGCAACUACGAGGACGCACGUGGUGAUCAAUGCGACAAGUGUGGACACUUGCUGGACCCGCUCGAGCUCAAGAACCCACGCUGCAAGCUUGAUGGAGCCACACCUGUCCCACGCGAAACGAAGCACGUCUACCUGGGGUUGGACAAGCUGCAGCCAGCCGUUCAAAAGUGGUUUGAGGAAGAAAGCAAGAAGGGCAAUUGGAGCUCCAACGGUAUCCAGAUCACCGCGUCAUGGUUGAAGGAGGGUCUGCGUCCACGAGGCAUUACCCGUGACCUGAAAUGGGGAACUGCGGUGCCUCUAGAGGGCUAUGAGGACAAGGUCAUGUACGUCUGGUUCGACGCAUGCAUAGGAUAUGUAUCGAUCACGGCAACAUAUACCGAUGAGUGGCAGAAGUGGUGGCACAAUCCUGAGCAGGUUAAACUGUACCAGUUCAUGGGCAAGGACAAUGUACCAUUCCACACCGUGGUCUUCCCGUGUUCCCAGAUUGGCACCAAGGACAACUGGACGAUGCUCAACACCAUUUCGACCACCGAGUACCUAAACUAUGAGAAUGGCAAAUUCUCCAAAUCGAGAAACAUUGGUGUUUUCGGCAACAACGCAAAAGAGACCGGCAUCUCAUCUGACGUAUGGCGCUACUACCUCCUCUCACAUCGUCCGGAAACCGGUGACACCGAGUUCGAAUGGGCAGGCUUCAUUGCAGCCAACAACAACGAGCUCCUGAAGAACUUGGGCAAUUUUGUCAACCGCGUCAUCAAGUUUGUCAACUCAAAAAUCUACGACAGCGUGAUUCCAGAUUACACCAAAUUCGACGACCCCUACUUUACAGAACACAAGAAGAAGGUCAAUGAUCUCCUCAAAAGGUACAUCAGCGAGCUCGAAGACGUCAAGAUCCGCGCUGCACUCAGCACCGCACUCCACCUCUCCAGCCUAGGCAACCAACUCCUCCAAGACAACAAACUAGACAACAAACUCGCCACCGAACAACCAGACCGCUGCGCCGCCGUCGUCGGCCUAGCCUUAAGCCACAUCCACCUCCUCGCCAGCCUCAUCCAACCCUACAUGCCCGACACCACCACCGCCAUCCUCACCCAACUCAACGCCCCCUUCCUCAUCAUCCCCGACAAUUGGGAAGCCCGCUCCCUGCCCGUCCACCACAAGAUCGGGACCGCCGCCUACCUCUUUUCCCAAAUCAAACCCGAAAAGGAACAGCUCUGGCGCGAACAGUUUGGCGGCGAAGAGGCGCGCAAAGCCAAGGAAGAAGUCGCGCGCAAGGCGGCGGCAAAGAAGGCGGACAAGGAGAGGAAGAAGGCUAGGAAGGCGGCGGCGGCGGCUGGGGGUGCUGCGGUUGAAGGGGUAGAGGCGGCGGAGAAGGGAAAGGCGGGUCCGGCGGUUAAGACGGGGGUUGAGGAGGUGGAGAGGGGGGUUGAGCAAAUGGAUACAAUGUAUUGCCUUGUAUACUUGGGUACUCUGUACAUCAAUAUCACAUCUUGGCUCACAAGCCCUCAGCGUCUACUGGCACGAACACUCGUACUCAUCUUUAUCGUUAUCGUCGCCAUCGUCCUCGUCCCCCUCAUAUACCCCAUUCUCCUCCCCAUCCACAACCCGCUCGCCCUCGCCCCCCGCGCAUCCCUCCACCGCAACAGCGCCGCCUUCUCCUGGUACUUGCGUGCCCGGUGUCUAGUCGGCACCUCAAUGGCGACCGAGAUAGCUUUCAUGGCAAAGCAGCAAAAACCGAGAAAGUGA